AUUAUGUUUCGCCAACCUUUUCAUUUAGUUGAAUUUUCACCAUGACCAAUUCUAGUUUCUUUUAGAAUUUUAGCUAUACCAAUUGGCAUAAUUAAUUUUUUACGAACAAGAGACAUAACUCUACUUUUUUUAAGAUUUGCCACUACUAGAAGUAUUUCUUACUUUUGGUGACGAGAUGUUAUUCGAGAAUCUACAUUUCAAGGACAUCAUGGCCAAAAUGUAGCUAAAGGCUUAAAAAUAGGAGUUUCUUUAUUUAUUUUAUCUGAGGUAUGUUUUUUUUUGGCAUUUUUUUGAGCUUAUUUUCAUAGGAGAUUAGCACCCACUAUUGAAGUAGGUGCUCACUGACCUCCUACAGGAAUUUCUACACUACAAGCUUUUCAAGUACCUCUUCUAAAUACAUCUGUGUUGCUUUUAUCAGGUGUUAGAGUUACUUGAGCUCAUCAUAGAAUUGAAGAGGGAAAGUAUUUUUCUGCAAUUCAAGGCUUACUUUUAACAGUAUUACUAGGUUUUUAUUUUUUAAUCCUUCAAUAUGGGGAGUAUAUGGAGACAGCUUUUUCUAUAGCUGAUGGAAUUUAUGGUUCUUGCUUUUUUCUAGCUACGGGUUUUCACGGAACUCACGUUGCAGUUGGAGCCACUUUUUUAUUUAUUUGUUUACUACGUAUAUUUUUCUAUCAUUUUAAUAAACAACAUCAUGUGGGUUUUUUAGCAGCUGCAUGGUAUUGACAUUUUGUUGAUGUAGUUUGAUUAUUUUUGUAUAUUAGAAUUUAUUGAUGAGGAUCAUACCAAAAUAGCUUAUACUUAAAGCCUUGAUUUUGUAAUUCAAAGAAGGUAUUUUUACCUUUUGGUACUAGAUUUCUAGUAAAAAAACAAAUAACUCUGAUUUUAAAAUUAAACAUAGGGGAACUAAAUGGCAAAUAAUUGAAUUUAUCUCAAAAGAUUUUAUAUUUUUAGAAGGCAAAAGAUAUGAAGAUUGAAAACCGUGGUUAAGACUUGAGUAUAUAAAUAUAUUAUAACUAGCACUAAGAAAUACUAAUAAACCUAUAAUGAUAAUAAAUAAAUAAGAAAUUUUUCAUAAACAGGGUACAAUUAUUAAUUCCCUUAACAAGUUUAAAGUAGGGGGUGCUGCUAUAUUAACUCUGCAUAAAACAAAUCAAAAAUAACUAAUAUAAGGAUAAACUUGUAGUAAACCUUUAAUGUAAACUAUCCUACGAGUAUUAACUUUUUCAUAUGUAAAAUAGGUUAUGCAAAAAAGAGCAGAAGAUGUAGUUCCAUGUGCAAAUAAUAUAAUUAUUACACUAACCAUCCCUCAUUGACUAUUUAUUAAAACUCCUACUACUACUAAUCUUAUGUGGGCCACUGAAGAGUAUGCUACCAAUGCUUUUAUGUCAUUUUGUCGUAUACAUAUUAAACAAGAUAUAAUUGAUCCUCAUAUAGCUAAGGCUAUAAGAAAAUAUAUUACAUUUAUCUUUGUUAAUAAAUUAAAACAAUUAUUUAUUUGAUAUAGCCCAUAGCCCCCUAACUUUAAUAAAAUUCCUGCUAAUAUUAUAGAACCUGCUAAUGGAGCUUCUACGUGAGCUUUAGGAAGUCAUAAAUGAAAUGAAUAUAGGGGUAGUUUAACUAGGAAAGCACCAUAUAAAAUAAGUACCACAACCUCAUUAAUUUCAAAACUCUUUAACUGACUUAUUAAAGCAAUAUUAAACGUAGACGUUUUUAAAGUUAAGUUUAGAAGUAGAAAUAAUAAAGGUAACCUCGCCGUAACUGUAUAUAGUAUUAUAUAACUCCCUGCUUGUAGUCGUUCAGGUUGGUACCCUCAACAAAUAAUUAAAAUAAGAGUAGGUACUAAGGAGGCUUCAAAAAAAAUAUAAAAACUUAGUAAAUUGCUCGAAGUAAAAGCUAAAAUUAAAAUUAGCCCUAAAAAACCUAAACAUGUUAAAUACCAUUUACUUUUAUUAGAAGGAGUUGCCAUAAAUGAUAGUAGUACUAAUAUUAAAGUUAAAAAUACUAAUAUCCUUCCUAUUUGACCCCCUAAGAAAACUAUAUUUAAAGUUAUUAUAAAAUCAAUUUUUAAUAUUAUAAUUCUUAAUAAUAAAAUUAUAGAGAAAAUAAGAACACCAAUACUUCAAAAUGAUCUAAAAAGAGUAAUAAAAAUAAGACCUAUCAAAGAAGAGAUAAUAAAGGAGUGGAGAAUAUUUUCCCCAAAUCAAAGUUAGCAGCCUCAAUUAUAACUUCUUAUGGUUUUUUGUUUACAGAGAUUUUGAAAAUCCCUAAAGGAGAAGACACUCCACUUAGUGAAGUCACUAAAAUAGGAUAUAAUAUACUUCUAUCUAUUUUGUUAAGUAGAUUACUUCUGUUAUUAUUUAUAAUAACAAAUUUUCCUAUUGAAAAUGAACAAGAAAAAUUAACUUCUUUUGAGUGUGGGUUUGAACCAUUAAGAGCUAUGCGAGCACCAUUUAGGACUCGUUUUUUUCUCUUAGUAGUUCUUUUUUUAAUUUUUGAUGUAGAGAUUAGACUUUUAUUUCCUUUAAUUUCUAUUUAUCUCUCCAAUUCAUUUUUUAUACUUCUAAGGUUACUAAUUUUUUUGUUUAUUCUGUUAAUUGGAAUUUUUUAUGAGUGAAAAGAAGGAGCCUUAGAUUGAAUUUCUUUUAAAGGUAAGCUAUAACUGUAAGCUGUUGGGCUCAUAACUCAAAAAAAGAUUUCCUCCUUUAAAUUUUACUUUACUCUAAUAAGAAUUUUUGUAAUUAGUUUACUAUGGAAUGGAAGUUUUGCGUUUCCAGCAUGAAAUAUUGAACAAUAUUAGAAAUAAUAAUUCAGUAGACUAACGUAAUAUAACCAAAAAGGUGCCAGCAGUUGCGGUCAUACCUUAAUAUUAAUAAAAAAUUUCAGGUUUUAUUUUAAAUGUAUAGAGCAUUUUUUAGUGAAAUAUAAUUGCUUCUAUGCUUUUUGAUUUAGCUUCUUUUAAAAAAUUCAGCAAAAUAAAACUAGGAUUAGAUACCCUAUUAUUUUGAACACAAACAAAAAGACCUAAGCACUAAAGUCAAUAGACUAAAACUUAAAGAGUAUGGCGGUAAGAUUUAAUUUCAGGGGAACUUACCAGAUAAUUGAUAGCACACAAGUUGCCCUACUUAAAUUUAAAGUUUAUAUAUUGCCGUUGUAAGGUUACAUUUUUCAUGAAACCAAAAUGGAAUUUACCCCAUUAAAACAGGUCAUGGUGUAGCACAUAUUUAAGACUUAAGGUGAGUUACAGUAUUAUUUUUCAGGUAUAAUUUUAAUUUAAUUAUAAAUAGUUGGACUUGAAAGUAAAAAUAAAAAUUAUGUUUUGAAUUAAUAAAAUCUUGUGCACAAAUCGCCCGUCACUCUCGUUGAAAAAGGAGAUAAGUCGUAACAUAGUAGAGGUAGUGGAAACUGUCUCUGUUUUUAUAGUGUUUCACAUUAUCUUUUCGUGAUAAAAAGAGUUUUUAAUAACUUAAAAAUAAAAAAUCAAAGCAAAUUUAUUGCAUUAAGUUUCGGCCUUAAUUUUGGUGUUUACCUGGUUUUUUUUGUUUACAGACUUAUUUUCUUCUUUAGAUGGUUGUUUUAGCAUCUUAUCUUGACUACCUUCAAUUAUUAUUGCAAUUUUAUUAUUUAAUAAGUCUUAUAAUGUAAGAUUUGCAAGGGUAUUUUUUUCUUUAAAUAAGUUUACUCAAGGAAAUCGAAGCUUAUUUCCUCUACCUUUAAUACUAUAUUCUUUGAUAUUUUUUAUUAUUUUAGUAAAUAUUAAUGGGCUAACUCCUUUUGUUUAUAGUCCUUCAAGGUCAUUGUGAUUUGCAAGAACUUUAGCUCUAUUACUUUGAGGUUUACUAUUAAUCUCUAGUUUUAUUUAUUCCCCUAAACAAACAGCUGCUCACUUAGCACCUAGUGGUUCACCUGCCGCUCUAGUUUCUUUUUUAAUUUUAAUUGAAACUGUGUCAAUUUUUAUUCGUCCAUUAACUUUAACGGUCCGUUUAAUUGCUAAUAUUAGUGCAGGUCAUAUUGUCUUAUCAUUAAUUGCAAAUUGUUUAACUAGAUUAAGUUUCCCAUCAAGGGUAGUAGUGUUAAGAGCUUCAAUUUUUUAUAAUAUAUUUGAAGUGUUUGUAUGUUUUAUUCAAGCAUACAUUUUUACUUUACUAAUUAGACUUUACUCUAGUGAACAUUCACAUUUUAAGUGAAGCAAAUUAGUUUUGCGUUUAAUUGUUAAUUAAAAGAUUGCUGUAUUCGCCACUUAAAAUACCACAAUUAAGACCCACUUCUGGUUUGGGCAUUUUUUUGUUAAUUACUUUUUCUCUUCUACUUCUUUUUAUGUUUUUUAGCUAUAAAAAAAUCUUAAUUAAAAGUUUUAAUUUUAAGAAUCAUAAUAAAUCAAUAGACUUUUUUUAGGGUGGCAGAAAAAUGCAUAGUUUUUAAGCGACUAGGAUGAAUAUAUUUCCUCUUUUCUUUAGGUGUUUUUGCACAAGAAGAUUUGAAUUUCUAAGAGGAUGCUUCCAAAGAAAAAUAUUUUAUUUUUGCUAUUUAUUUGCUUUUAGAAAAAACUUAAUUAAGAUACCACAAAUCUUCGGUUUUAUUAACCUACUAAAAGACCUUUAAGGACUUUUUACUUGGAAGGUAAAUGUACAUUUAUACUAUAAAAAAUCAAAACUGUAAUAGUAUAUAUACAUCUUCGAUUUUGCAAAUCGAUGUUUUAAUUUUCCCUUAAACUAAAUUUCACAAAGAAAAGAAAUUAUUUCUUUAUCUGAUUUUGAAGACCAGCAGUUUAAUAUAACUUAUAUCUUUGAGACAAAAGUCAUAAAAAGAUUUACAAUCUUUCGCUUAAUAUAUCGGCCAUCAAAAUAAAAUUCAUUAAAGUUAAUUGCUUCAAUUACAAUAGGUAUAAAAGAAUGAUUAGCCCCACAAAUUUCUGAGCAUUGACCAUAAUAAAUACCAGGAUGUUUAAUAAAUAUUCUUAUACUAUUUAGUCGUCCUGGGACUGCAUCUAUUUUUACUCCUAUUGACGGAACUGCAAAAGCAUGUAAAACAUCAGCUGAUGUUGUAAUAACAUUAGUAUUUACUGAAAAAGGAAGAGUAACCCGUCUAUCUACUUCUAAAAGUCGAAAAUCCCCUACUCUUAAAUCACUAAGUGGAGUUAUAUAACUAUCAAAAGCAUUACCUGUAAAGGGUAACUCGUGACUUCAAUAUCAUUGAUGAGCUGUUCUUUUUAAAACUAAACCAUUUGUAGGUUGCUCAUCUAAUAAAUAUAAUAGUCGUAAAGAUGGUAAUGCUAAUCAAAUUAGUAGUAAAGCAGGAACAAUAGUUCAGAUUGUCUCUAAUUGUUGUGCUUCUAGUAUAGUUCGUGAAGAUAAAUUGUUAUAAAUUAAAUUUACCCCUAAAAUAACUACAAAAACAAAGAUUCCUACUAAAAGAACUAAAGCAUGAUCAUGAAAUAGUAAUAUCUCCUCUUGAAUUGGUGUUGCUGGGUCUAUUAAAUUUACUUGACCAAAAAAUCUCAAUUAACAAAGGAAUAGUCCUUUUUAGUAUCUUCAGUACUAAGCUUUAAUAUAUAAGCUAUUUGAUAAUCGCAAAAGUGCUUCAUUAGCUUGACAAACUAAUAUUUUAAGUAAACUAGAUAAAAUAUACCUUAGUAGGAGAUCAUAUUAAAAUAAACAAAGUACAAAAAUACAAAAUUGUACAAGGCACAGCUAACCUUAUAUAAGGUUCUUCAAUAGGGCAUGCUCCAAGUCAAGUUAAUAAAAUAAAGUUAAUUCUGAAAACCCAAAAAAACACCUGGAAUAUAGGGGAAAAACUUGAAGAGAUACAGUAAUUAAAAGAUAUUAAAGGAAGAAAAUAUAAAACAAAAAUUGAUAUAACUAAUGCAAUUACACCACCUAAUUUUGAAGGAAUUGAGCGAAGAAUUGCAUAGGCAAAUAAAAAAUAUCACUCUGGUUGAAUAUGUGUAGGGGUAACUUUUAUAUUAGCUAUAGAAAAAUUUUCAGGAUCUCCAAGUCAAUUAGGAAAACCUAAAGCGACAACACUUAAAGCCAAAAGGACUACUAUAAAACCUACAAAAUCUUUUAAAGAAAAAUAAGGAUGAAAACUAGAUUUAGAAAUAUGGUUAAUGUCGCCUAAUGGGUUAGUUCUUCCUUUUUCGUGUAAGAAAUAAAUAUGAAUUGCCGAUAAGAAUCCAAUUACAAAAGGUAUAAUAAAAUGUAAUGAGUAGAAUCGAGUUAAAGUAGAUUGCCCAACUGAAAAUCUUCCUCAAAUUCAUUCGACUAAUCCAGGACCAAAAUAAGGAAUAGCAGAUAUUAAAUUCGUAAUUACAGUAGCCCCUCAAAAUCUUAUUUGGCCUCAGGGUAAGACAUAACCAAGGAAAGCUGUUGCUAUUCUUACUAAAAAAAUAGUAGUACCUACAAGUCAAGUACGAGGUUGUGUCAUAAAACUUUGAUAAUACAACCCUCGACCAAUAUGUAAGUAAAUAAACAAAAAAAAAAACCUCGCACCAUUAGCAUGAAAUCUACGAAAUAUUCAACCAUAAGGAACAUCCCGUCUAAUAUGUAUUACUGAAGCAAAAGUAUUCAUAAUAUCUGAAGUAUAAUGUAUUGACAAAAAAAACCCUGUAAGAAUUUGUAAAACCAAAAGUAAACCUAAAAUAGAUCCUCCAUUUCAUCAGAUAGAAAUUCUUAAAGGGGUCGGAAGUGAACUUAUACUUUCAAUCAAUCGUAUUUUUUGCAAAUCAAUUAGUUCUCCCUAUUCUUGAAAGAAAAUUGCUUCUCCGCACUCGUAAAAAACUAACCAGUAGGGAUAAACCAAGUGCAGCCUCACAUGCAGCAAAAGUUAAUAGUAAUAAGAAUAUAAAAUUUCUUGUGUAUAAAGUAGUAUUAAAAUUAUAUGAAAAUAGGAUUACACUCAACAUUAAUGCUUCUAAAAUAAUUAAUAAAUUUAAGAUAUAAUAAUAGUUUCGAUAAAAAGUUCACACUAAAAAAAAUAUUAUUAUAAUGCUAAUAUUUAACAUUUUAAAAAAAAACCCUCAAUAGAACUAUAGAGCAUAUACUGAAUGGUAGAAAUCUUUUUCAACAAAUAUUUAUUAAAAAAUCAUAACGAUGUCGGGGAAAAGCUCCUCGAGCAAAUAGAAAAAACAUUGAUACAAAUACUCUUCUAAAGACUAGUAUAAAAAAAUUCGAAGAAUACAAGAAUAAUACUGCAGUUAUUAUGGCUAUAAAUAAAAUAUUAGCAUACUCUGCCAAAAAUAAAAGAGCAAACGCCCCACCUCCAUAUUCAAUAUUAAAACCUGAAACUAAUUCAGACUCGCCUUCUGCAAAAUCAAAUGGGGCUCGAUUAGUUUCGGCUAAAGAUGAUGUAAAUCAAACUCUUAUAACAGGAAGUAUUAGCAAUAGAACUGGAAAAAAACUAAAAUUAUAAAUGUUCAGAUCAGAUAUAAAAAAAAGUGGCAAUAAUAAAAUUAAUAAUAAACAAAUCUCAUAAGAAAUUGAUUGUGCAGAAGCUCGUAAACUUCCUAGGUAGGCAUAUUUUGAAUUUCUAGUCCAUCCAGCUAAUAAGAUUGAGUAUACGUUUAAAGCUCUAACACAAAAAAAAAUAAGUAUCCUUCAUCUAAUAAAUUUUAGAUUAUAGUUUCUAGGAUAUAAAUACCAUAAAAAUAUAGCUAAUAUAAAACCAAUAAAUGGCGCUAAAUAAAAUAUUAUUUGAUUACUACUAUGUGGCACUAUUUUUUCUUUUACAAAAAGUUUAACUGCAUCAGCAAAAGGCUGUAAAAUCCCUCAAAAACCAACUAUCUUAGGCCCUUUUCGGAUUUGAAUGUAACCUAAAGUUUUUCGCUCUAAGAGUGUAUAAAAGGCCACUGAAAUUAGUACACAUAAACAUCUUAAUAAUCUAGAUAAAAAAAUCAAUAACAAGUAAUAACAUUAAAAUUCAAGAAAUUCGAUAAUAAGAUAAAUAGCUAGGUCAGUUAAAUUUUCCAAAGUGUAUGUUAAAUUUGUUGAUAAAAUUAUUAAUUCUUAAUCCAGUUUCUAAUCAACCAUAAUCUAGUAUUACUAUAUUUUUUCUAAAAGGUGAUAAAACUUUGGUACUAAAAUUAUAAAAAGGAGUUAAAUAAAAUAAUAAUGAAAAUAUAUUAGAGUUUUUAGGUCCCGAGAUUAUUGCGCCAAUUCAAAUACCAACAAUUAUUAAUAUAUUAAUAAAGAUCCUGGAAAUUUUUGUUAAAAAUACAGUCUCAGUAAGAGAUAACUCUAAUAAACUAUAUAUUUUUCCAAAAAAAAUUCUACACACUCUUAAAACAAUUAUAGGAAUAUAAACGUUUAAACUAUUGGAAUAACUUACAAUCAAGUAAGAGGGACUAAAUCAACAAAUAGAUUUUAAUCUACGAAUGACAUAAACAACAGUUCUACAUGUAGCUAAAAUUAUAAGAAAAAUUCUUAAUAGGUUAAUUUUUGAUAUUAAUAUUAUCUCUAAAAUUAAAUGUUUAGAAAAAAAUGCCCUUAUAAAAGGUGCCCCAAUUAAACAUAUACUACUGAUAUUAAACAUAAUAAUGCACAAAGGCAUUCUUAACCCUAAUCCCCCAAGUAAUCGAAUAUCCUGGUUUCCAAAUCUAGCUAGAAGAAUUUUACCCGCUGCUAAGAAAAGUAAAGCUUUAAAUAGAGCAUGAGCAUAUAAAUGAAAUAAGGAUAGGUAAGGUAAGCCUAAACCUAAACAAAAAACCAUAACCCCUAGUUGACUUAAUGUUGACAAAGCAAUGAUUUUUUUUAAAUCAUUUUCAAAUACUGCUGCUGUUCCUCCUAAAAAACAGGUAAUAGAACCGCAAAACAAAAGAAUUGAUUUUGAAUCUUCUAUUAAAGGUAGUCCACUACUAAAACGAAUAAUUAAAUAAAUCCCCGCGGUUACUAGGGUAGAAGAGUGAACUAAUGCUCUCACAGGAGUAGGAGCUGCUAUGGCUGCUGGGAGUCAAGAACUAAAAGGAAAUUGGGCACUUUUAGUUAACCCUGUUAAGCACAUCAAUAAAACAAAUAGUCUUAUACCACUAAAUAAAGAAAACAGUUGAAAAUGCCCUAUAAUAACAUAAAAAAAACUACUACAAACCAAAAUCACAUCUCCUAAACGAUUAAUUAAUAAUGUUUGAAAACCCGCACUUAGUGAAUCUUUGCUUUGAUAGUAAACAAUUAAAGCAAAAGAUGUAAUUCCUAAUCCAUCUCAUCCUAGAAGUAUAAAAAAAAACCUCCCAGCAAAAAUUAAAAAAUUUAUAGAUACUACAAAACUUAAAAGAAUUCAAAUGAAACGUCAGUAAUAUUCAUCUUCUUCUAUAUACUCCACAGAAAAUAUAAAAACGCAACCCGAGAUUAAGGUAACAAUUAUCCUAAAACUUAGACUUACUUUAUCAAAAAUUAUUGUAAAACAAAAAGGAACUCUAUUUAAAAGAAAUAACUCAUAUUCUAAUAAGUACAUCUUUGAAUCUAGUAAAACAAAACUAUAGAAUAAGGCUAUUAUGAUACUAAAACCAAACAGAAGAAAUCUUAUUUGAACCUUAUUUUUCUUCAAUCUGUAAAGAGCUAUUAAUUUUUACAAUAUCUACAAUAGCUAAAAAAAUCAAUAAUAAUAUAAUUACUAAACACAUAAAAAGAGAUAGAUUAAUAUUUCUUCCUGAGUCAUAAGUGUACUUACCAAGAGUACAUCAGUUAAAACUGUAAAAUCCCCAUGAACAUAGUAUUCUAAUACUAAAAAUAACAAAAAUAUUAUGGGAGAUUCUCCCUAAAAACUCAGUAUUAGAACUAAUUAAACAUAUAUAAAUAAAUAGGACCAAUAAUCCACCAAUAUAGACGAGAAAUAACAAGUAACUAUAUCAGGCACUUGAAAUUAUGUUAAUUAUUAUGACUAGACAAACCCUUAUACCAAUUACGAAGCUUCCUAAUCUAAUUGGACUUGAAAGUAACGGAAAUAGUGUAGUAAAAAUACAUAAUAUUAUCAAAGAAAAAAUAAAUCUAAUUGGUUAAAGGAACACUCCCCUUUUUAGUUGCAAACUAAUUCUUCUAAAAGCUAAAGUAUUUAACCCAAAAAUGACAAAUCGUCACCUUUUAACUUCCAAAGUUAACGUUUCAAAAAACUGUUUUUGAAAUUACUUAUCUAAAGUAUAUAAUGAUUCUAAAUCAAUUGCAUUAAUCUGCCAAAUUAAUAAAUUUAUUUUGGUCCUUUCGUACUAAAAAUAAUAAAUUAAAAGAUAGAAACUGACCUGGCUUACGCCGGUCUGAACUCAGAUCAUGUAGGAGUGAAUGUUCGAACAGAACAGUCUAUGUUAACGGUUAGUUAUUUAGUUCCUAGUCCAACAUCGAGGUCACAAACUUUAUAAGAAAUUAUGCUGUUAUCCCUAAGGUAAUUAUACUCUUAUAAAUCUAAUUGUCAUGUAAACUUUUAAAUGUUUAAUGUGAUUUACUGUCGCCCCAACAAAAAUUUAUGGUUUAGUUACAUUUUAAUAAAAAUUCUAAGGGUCUUCUCGUCUUUUAUCUAAAUAUAAGUAUUUUCACUUAAUAAAAAAUUUCAAUAAAAUUAAAAAGAGACAGUUCUUCCCUAUUAAUCCGUUCAUUCCAGACUAUAAUUAAAAGCCAAUUGAUUAUGCUACCUUAGCACAGUCAAGGUACUGCGGCCGCUAAUAAAUUACGCUGGGCAGAAAUUACUUAAAAUAUAGACUUAAAGCUAUGUUUUUGAUAAACAGUUAAAAAGAUUAUUUGCCGAGUUCCUUUUUAUAAAUUAUAUAUUACUAAUUUAAACAUUAUAAAAUGUUUUAUUGGUUUUUCUAAUCUCAAAAAUAGUCAAAAGAUUAAACUUUAAAUAAAUAUUAGAAAAACUAUCAAAGUUUUGAGUUUUAACCCUUAAUAGUAUUUAUUAAAAUUAAUUCUGAUUUUUAGAAAUCUCACACUUCUAAACUGUUUUAAGUACUAAAUACUUUUAUUUUUGAUCCAGAUAUCCUUGAAACUGAAAGCUUUUCGCUACUAAGAAAAAAUAUUUUAAAUUAAUGCUACAAUUUAAUUUUAUACCUAAAAAAUAAUAAGUAAUUUCUUAGAUCUUUCAAAUUCGGGUGAUAUUAACAAAUUAACUUCUAGUUUAACA